GUCAGGAAAACCUUGGUUCCGCUGGCAUGUUUCCAGUCGGACACAAUAACAUUGCGCAAGCUGUAGUUGUGCGGGUUGGAAACUGGUUUCACGAUGACUAGUUAAGUUAGUUAGACAGUGAGAUAACUAGUAUGAUUUAUUGCGGGAGGAGCGGCGUCAGAUCGUCGACAUGGACCCGGUCCACAGAGCGGUUCUCCGGAGACACAGACUGGAUCUGUCCGCCGAGCUGCUGGUCAGCGACUCCAUCGUUCCGUUCCUGGUCCAGGAGGACAUCCUGACGGACUCUCAGGUCGAGGACAUCGAGUCUCAGCCCACAAACAGACUGAGGACUUUGAGGCUGCUGGACAUUCUGCCGACCCGCGGGCCCCGGGCCUUCCACUGCUUCCUCCGGUCUCUGGACGACUUCAGCUGGGUCAGAGACAGACUGCUGCAGGAGCUCCAGACUCCACCUGGACCCAGCUCCACAGACGCCUGGCAGUUUCCUGACUCAGUUCUCCAGAGGGUUCCUUCGGACCGGGAGUUGUCCCGUCUGGCGUCUCGGCUUGGCCCCGAGUGGGAGUCGGUGCUGUUGGAUCUGGGUUUGUCUGCAGAGGCUUUGUUUCGCUGUCGGUCCGACCACUCCCUCAGUACUCACGGAGCGGUUCUGGCCGGUCUGGUUCAGUGGAGACGAUCCGAGGGAAGGAAAGCCACGGUGCAGAGGCUGCUGCAGAGUCUACAGGUCGCCGACGUCCAUCCGUCCAUCCUGCAGGACGUCCUGAUGUGACGGACGACAAACAUUUUAUCCUUUACCCUCACAACUUAUUACAGACUGAGAAAUGUGCCUUUACUCCUCUAAUCACAAGACUUUGAGGGAUGUAAAGUGGACGUAUUAUAUUUUAUUAUCACCAACAAAUCUCAGGUGUGGAGUCAACAACACGUUUCAAUAUUUUCUGACUUCUCUUGUUUGCUCUCCAGUAAACAAGAAACAAGGUAAGCAGAGUCAUAUAUAAAAUACAUUUUGAGAUAAAAGACAAAAUUGUGAGAUUAACAUAAGAAAUUUAAGAUUAAAAAUCCAAAAUUUGAGAAAAAAUCAUGAAUUUUUAGAUAAUUCUUAGUAAAAAGUUGUGAUUCUGAGAGAAUUGAGUCUGAAACUUGAGACAAAAAUCAAGAAUUUCAGAUUAAAAGUCAGAACAAAGCACAAUCUUUCUGUAACAAAAUCACAGACUGUUCCUUUAAAAUAACACCAACACCAUAAACAGUGUAAACUUGAAUAAAUGAAGGCAGAUGAGCCUUUUUUCCAAACUUCA